AUGUGCAAACUUAACUUAAAUUGUCAAGUACAAGACUCAACAUGUACAUGCGCAUCGCAAAUUCAUUCAAAGGGAUUCAGGCCAUGCCAAAAUUAUCUUGAUACCUACGGGAUUCUGCCUAAGCCAAUCUUCCCAGAAGAGCAAUCUCAAAGCCCAAUUUUUCAACUAAUUGCACAACAAAUGAAAGCAAUAAAGAUUCUUACAGAAAGAAGCGCACAAACAACAGAAAAACUGAUUCAGUUAACCCAAAUCGUUGACAGACUCGCAAAUAACCAACAAACCCCUGAAGCUGUCUCUCCAUGCUUGCAUUCGUCAGAAAGUGUAACAACGUCAGAAGAUUUACUGACUGCCAUAUGCGGUCCACACCAAGAUUUUGACUUUUUCAUUCAACUAGUGAAUGAAAUUCCUAACCCAGCAUACAAAGAGCGUGCUUUUCAAGUUGUGGCACAGAUAGUAGAUGCCGAGGGGAACAAAGUGACAUUGCCAAAUAUGGUGUCAUUUAACAUUAUGCUAUUCACAACAGAAAGUCCGACAAAAUCACUGAAAGUUAACACUUCUGGGGACAAGAUCAUGAGAGGGACAACGGAGGUUGAGGCAACUUCUGAAUUAGUCUUCAGAAAAGUUGUAAUUAAAGAAGUGACUUCUCACUUCAGAAAUGGCUGCAUUUUCAUGGCGAUUUGCCCGAAGCAGAACUCGAGGAUCAAACCAUUAAUCAUUAACAACGUUGUUGUUAAAGCUAGGAAGCUCUGCCCAAACGCUGGAGCAGUUAAAAAACUCAAAACUGAAGAAGAUAACAUAUAG